CACGCACAUGUGUUCGUAUAGUUAGUUUACGUUAGAAAAAAUUUCUCUACCUCUCGUAUCAAUUUAAAUCGAGAGAUUGAACUUGAAAGUUUCCAGAACUUGGCUUUUCUGUAGUGUUGCUGAACAUGGAACUUCCACGAAGAGUGAUAACGCUGUUAUAAGACGUCUGAUUUAUAUUUUGUCAUCUGUGAUUGUGUGAUUUGGUUUUUUACAUUUAGAAAAUCAUAAAUAUAUCGGAAAUGACUGUUGACAGUGCAAUUAGCAAUGAACAGGUGAUUUUUGUCACGGGAGGUUAUGAUCACACCAUUAAAAUAUGGCAGCCGCACACAGGCGUCUGUCAACGAACAUGUCAACAUACGGAUUCUCAAGUCAAUGCUUUGGACAUCACGCCAGACAAGUAUGUUGUAGCUGCUGCUGGAUAUCAACACAUACGAAUGUAUGAUUUAGCUUCAAAUAAUCCCAAUCCAGUUGUCAAUUAUGAAGGAGUUUCAAAAAACAUUACCAGCUUGGGUUUUCAGGAAGAAGGAAAGUGGAUGUACACAGGUGGAGAAGACUGCUCUGCAAGAGUAUGGGAUUUAAGAUCUAGCAGCUUUCAGUGCCAAAGAAUAUUUCAAGUAUCCGCACCUGUAAAUUGUGUAUGUUUGCAUCCUAAUCAAGCAGAAUUAAUGGUUGGCGAUCAAAGUGGAGUUAUACACUUAUGGGAUCUUCGUUCUGAUCACAAUGAACAACUGAUUCCUGAAGCUGAAUCCUCGAUUCAAGAUAUUGCAGUGGAUCAAGAUGGUUCUUAUAUGGCGGCCGUAAAUAACAAAGGACAUUGUUACAUCUGGACGCUUACAGGAGGUAUUGGAGAGGAGCCUACAAGACUCAAUCCUCGUCAUAAACUUCUAGCUCAUAAACGUUACGCUCUUCGUUGUAAAUUCAGUCCAGAUUCAACCUUGUUAGUAACGACAUCGGCCGAUCAGACUGCCCGAGUAUGGAGAACGACGGACUUUUCUGAAGUACAAGUGCUUCAGCAUGAAGCAAAGCGUUGGGUUUGGGAUGCAGCAUUUAGUGCAGAUUCUCAAUAUAUAUUUACUGCUUCUUCAGAUGGAGUCGCGAGACUAUGGAACGCAUCUACAGGAACAAUAGAACGAGAAUAUCAAGGACAUCAAAAAGCUGUUAUUGCUCUUGCUUUUCGUGACGAAAUUGUUUCCGCGAGUUAAAAAUAGAAAGUAAAUACAUAAAUAUUAUCUUUCCUGUUUGCUUUUUGUCAAAAAUAAUUUGAAAUUUCAGAUAUAUUGUGUGUUAUUGUUACAUAUACAAAAGAAGUGUUAGAUAAUGAUAUUU